AUGUCUACGACCAGGUUGCACCAUCACCCAUCUCUCCCCGCCCCCGUCGUCCACGCUGGCUACUCUGCCCACCAGUCCAAGUCCCAUGUCCUCGCCGGCGUGCAGGACGCGUACUGGAGCGACGAUGAUGCUGAUGAUGCAGAUUGUCCGCUCUGUCUGGAAGAGAUGGAUAUUUCUGACCUUAAUUUUAAGCCGUGUGUCUGCGGGUACCAGAUAUGUAGAUUCUGUUGGCAUCACAUUAAGCAGAAUCUCAACGGCCGCUGUCCCGCGUGCCGCCGUGAGUACUCCGACGAAACUGUCCAAUUCAAACCUAUUGCGAAAGAAGACCAUAAACGCCUGACUCAGCAGAAGAAGCAACGUGAACGCGAGCGCAAAGAACUUGACGCCAUCGGUAGGCGCCAUCUCGCUAAUGUCCGCGUCGUCCAGCGUAACGUUGUAUAUGUCGUUGGUAUCGGUCCUCGAUUUGCAAAGGAGGAGCUCAUCCCCACCCUUCGUUCGAAUGACUAUUUCGGGCAAUAUGGCAAGAUAUCCAAAAUUCUACUUGUCAAGCGUACACCCUCAGGGGGCGGUGCGCCAAUUGUAGGACUCUACAUUACGUACCAUCGGCGCGAAGAUGCCGCACGUUGCAUCUCAACCGUUGACGGCGCCCCAAGCCCAGGAGGAGGUCGAGAGGUCAUGCGUGCCAGCUAUGGGACGACCAAGUAUUGCAUGGCGUUUCUCCGCAGUGUGACAUGCACUGAUCACACCUGUAUGAAUCUGCACGAAUGGGGAGAUGAGAAAGACUGCUUUACGAAGGAAGAUCUAACGACACUGAAGCAUACCAUCAAGGACACAGAAAGCAGGGGGACCAAGAACGGGGAUGGCCUCCCGCGCACUGCAGCAUGGGCCAAACCCGCCACUCCGACGCCCACUAGCACGACGUCUACUGUUACCGUUGCUCAGCGUCCCCGACGCGGUGGUCAGCGACAAGCGCGUACCCCACGCCCUCAGCACGAUCGCAAGGCUGGCUCAGGCGGCGGAGGCAGUACGAAAGCACCCUCCAUCGCGUCUUCGUCUCGGCCCCCGACGCCCGCUGUCUCUACGCGCCCUCCGACGCCCCCUGAGGUCAAGACUCUCCGGGUCAAGUCGCCGCCACCACUUCCGCCGACGUCGCCCUCCCCGUCAAUGGCAGUUGACUCGGAUGAUGUAGGCUCUGGCAGUCAGGAUGUACCACCUAGUCCGGCACGCCCACGCUCCACGGAGAGUGUAGACAGUACACCAGCUGCACCUGCCUCUCUGCCACCACCAGGUUUACCAGAUGCCCCUCCUGGUCUUCCGCCUCCGACUCGUACACCUAAGGCGGACACUGCUGCUGCGCCAGUCCUCCAAGCACCACAGAUGUCUAUGGGAAGCUACCAAAUGUCUACCGCUGCACAAGCGCUACUUGAUGACGUCAAAGCGCGUCGCGAGACAGUGCUUUCGAGCACGCAAGUGAGCGUCUUUCCCGAUUUCGAUCGCACACUACGCAUGCUCUCGGGGAGUGAUGGUGGGUUCAGUUUCAAUCUGGACCCAAAGCUUGCAGACGUAGAUGUGAAUGCGGAUGGAGAGGCAGUAUUGAACGCACUUGAAGCGGAAGCACGCGUGCCUUUCGCCGGUGGCUUUAUGGACGCAUUCCCUGCGCUUAAACCACAAGCACACCCUCACACACACCCAGUGCCAACUAUGUACCCGCAUAAUCCCGCCCGCUCCAUCUAUGACCCCCACGCAAUGCGCGAGAGCUAUCUUGGGUCGUUCAAUCCGUUCGGAGAGACGGAAGGGUCUUCGACUGGUGGCGGUGCGCGUAGCUCGCCAUCGUACCCCGAUGAAGAGCGGAAGGUUUCAAGAUUUGGAUUCGCGCGUGGGAGGCAAGGUUCAACAGCUGCGAGCUCGCCUGUGCACGUGUCAUCCCCAUUGAGUGCGAGUGAUAGCCAUCACUCGUUUUUCACGGCUUCAGAGGCUCCUGCGAUGACGUCGUCGCAUUGGAAUCUUGGAGGACAUGGGGAGUAUGCAGGAUAUGCCACCAGUUCUCCGCUUGUGCAGCAAGCGCAGACGGUGCAGUCGCCUCCGCAGCAGCAGCACGCACAGACACAGACACAGUCCAUGCGCUUUCAGCCGUUUGACACGAGCGUGAGCGUGAGCGAAGCCCAACUCCGCGAGUUGAUACAGUCGAGCAGGGAGCGUGCCAGCUCGAUACAGAUGCAUAACGCUACAGCUGAUCAACCUCAGUACCAGUUUGCGCCUUUCAGUGAUCCCGCAAUCAUGUCAGCACGUUUCGCUUCGCCCGUAUUAUCCUCCGCAAGUCCAUCGUAUGAUGGUAAAUCAACAGUUGCGACCCCGGCUCCAGUUGCCGCGGCCACGGGAGGGAGUCCCAGGUCAGAGUACCGAGCGCCAUGCUUGCAGUGCGCAAAUUCUACCACCGGCCAUGAGAGCCUCCGGGACCUUCGCAUUCGGCACUGCAUUAUCUGCGUCUUCUCUUCACAAGAUUAUUUCGAUUCCCCUUCUUUCCCCCCUCCCUUUUCCCCUCCCUUCCCCGAUGGUUUUAGCCUUGUCACUCCUUCCGUUUCGUCUUCACCAUCGCCAGUGCCCGCACUGUCGUCGGCUGAUUUCCCCGCUCUGAACGCCGAUGUGCUGCCUCCGCCUGAUGCACAGCCUGCUGAGGCACCAUCACCCGCCGAAGCCAGUAAGGAACAGGCCAAAGCAGAGCGCAAGGCGGCGAAAAAGGCGGCGGCAACGGAACGUGCGCUUGAGCGACAGAAGGCUGCUCAAGAGAAGGCGGCUGCCAAGGCCACUGAGAAGGCCCGGAUUGCGCAAGAGAAGGCUGUGGAGAAGGAGAAGUUGGCGAAAGAUAAAGAAGAGCGAGAGAAGUUAGCACGGGAGAAGGCGGAAGCUGAGAAGGUAGAGAAGGAGAGGCAGGCACGGGAGAAGGCGGCUGAGGAAGAGAAGGAGAGAGCUGCCGUGAAGGAGAAGGAGAGGCAGGCCCUGGCUGAAAAGACUCAAGCCGAAAAGGCGAGGGCAGCCCAGGCCAAGGCUCAGAAAGCCGUGAAGUCUGCAUUGGCGGUCAAAGCCACGAAGUCUGCAGGCUCCUCUAGCCAGGUGCCUGCUACUCUAAUUGCCAAGCAAUCCUCUGCUGCACCCAAGGCAUCCGAACCCAUGGAACAGGCACCCAUACUGUCCAAGAUGCCGAAGAAGAAUAAACCCAUCACUCGUCCAAUCAAGAUCCCGAAGGAGGAUGAGAUUGCUCUUGGAGAUACCUCAGCUGCACCAUCGACUUCGGUUUCAGAGGCUUUGAAUUUUCCACCUCCCAGGACCACAAAUACAGUCGUCUCUAGCUCGAACAACUCGAGAGCACAGUCUGUGGACACAUCCUCUCCUGUGCAACCUACGUCACUUGCUGAUCUGAUCGACGACAUUGACGUGAGGAAUCCGAGCAUGGAUCUUCCUAAUCAUCCUUUCUUUGAUAUUGCAAAGAUCAAUCCCGCUGCCAAGAUGCCUCUUGAGUAUGGUCCUCUGGUGCAUGCGUUGUCUGCCCUUUCUGUGGGCGGCGGGUCAUUCGCUACCAACAUGCCUUCAGGCUCCAUCGAUAAUGCCGUGUCCUCAUUCCAGCAGCUUUUGGAGACACUGACACAAACUAUUUCCGACCUCCUGCGCCUGCUUCCUCGGACGACGUGGGAUGACAGCUCUUCAUUUGAUGGCGUGCUUCGUGAUAUGCUCAAGGGUGAUGAUUUCUUAGACGACGGUGGCGAUGAUGCAGCUGGAAAAGAAGACGAAGUCGCUGCGUUGACGCUCGCCCUUGAGCGCCGAGCCCGUUGGAUGGAAGUGCAGUUGUCCAAGCUCGAGGAACUCCAUCGCGACAUCAACACUGCCGCGGUACGCGCUGUCCUCGCAUUCAACGACAGUGGCUGGGAUCGUCAUAUAUUCAUGCCUCGGGUUGGCAACACCCUCCACCGCUUCGACAAUAUUGGCAUGGCAGAGCAAAGUGGCAAGAUGAGGCCCAUGACGGUGGACGAGUUGGAGAAGAAGCUGCAGGUGGCCAAGGAAGCUGCCAUAUUUGCAGAGACUGAGUUCCGGGAGGCGAUGGAGAAAAUGCAAGCUGUGAAGCCCGUCGAAGUUGACAGCUACUGA